CAGAGAUUUUUCUCCUCGAUCUCUCCUCUCCUCGACCUCACAGCUCUGUCACUCUCCUCUCCUAGCAGCAGCAUAUAUAGCACAUAUUUAUAGACACAAACAAGUUAGAAACCAGCGAACGAGCUCAAAGCAACCUUGUCUAAGUGAUCCUUGCCGAGGAUCACUGGAGUCUUGGAUGGCCGCCUACUUCAUCCUUCUAUGCAUCUUGGUUUCUCUAGCCAUCGCUUCGUACGUCCUAUACGCAAUCCGGCGGCAGAAGAGGAAACCCCAGGGUCGCCAUGAUCAAGCCGUCCUCAAGCUGCCGCCUGGCUCCAUGGGCCUGCCUUACAUAGGCGAGACCCUUCAGCUCUACUCCCAGGACCCUGGCGUCUUCUUCUCCUCCAAGCUGAAGCGGUACGGCGAGAUCUUCAAGACGCACAUCCUGGGGUGCCCGUGCGUGAUGCUGGCGAGCCCGGAGGCGGCGCGGUUCGUGCUUGUGUCGCGGGCGCACCUGUUCAAGCCCACGUACCCGCGGAGCAAGGAGCGUCUCAUCGGCCCGUCGGCGCUCUUCUUCCACCAGGGCGACUACCACCUCCGCCUGCGCAGGCUCGUCCAGGGCCCGCUCGUCCCCGAGGCCCUGCGCAAGCUCGUGCCGGACGUGGAGGCCGCCGUGCGGUCCACGCUCGCGUCCUGGGCGGCGGACGGUGACGCCGCCAGCACUUUCCACGCCAUGAAGAGGCUCUCAUUCGACGUUGGCAUCGCGACGAUCUUCGGCGGGCGGCUGGACGAGCGGCGAAAGGAGGAGCUGAGCCGGAACUACGCCGUCGUGGAGAAAGGGUACAACUCCUUCCCCAACAGCUUCCCAGGGACGCUCUACUACAAGGCAAUCCAGGCGAGGCGGCGGCUGAACGGCGUGCUGAGCGACAUCGUGCGUGAGCGGAGGGCGCAGGGCGAGCCUGGCGCCGACCUGCUCGGCUGCCUGAUGCAGUCCCGGAACAGCGACGACGAUGGCGGCGCCCUCCUCACCGACGAGCAGGUCGCCGACAACGUGAUCGGCGUGCUGUUCGCGGCGCAGGACACGACGGCCAGCAUGCUCACCUGGAUCGUCAAGUACCUCCACGACCACCCGAAGCUGCUCGAGGACGUCCGGGCGGAGCAGGCGGCGAUCCGCGAGGCCAACGACGGCGGGAAGCGCCCGCUGACGUGGGCGCAGACGAGGAGCAUGCCGCUGACGCAUAGGGUGAUUUUGGAGAGCUUAAGGAUGGCGAGCAUCAUCUCCUUCACCUUCAGGGAGGCCGUGGCUGACGUGGAGUACAAAGGGUUCCUUAUCCCCAAGGGGUGGAAGGUGAUGCCGCUGUUCAGGAACAUCCAUCACAGCCCGGACUACUUCCAGGAUCCACACAAGUUCGACCCUUCUAGAUUCGAGGUGGCGCCGCGACCAAGCACCUUCACGCCGUUUGGGAGCGGGGUGCACGCGUGCCCCGGCAACGAGCUGGCCAAGCUCGAGAUGCUGGUACUCAUCCACCACCUGGUCACCGGCUACAGGUGGGAGACUGUUGGAUCGAGUGACGAGGUCGAGUACAGCCCAUUCCCUAUUCCCCGGCAUGGACUGCUCGCCAAAUUGCGGAAAGAUAACAGUGUGGGUGUGGAUAACAAGGAGUGCAAGACCGAUGAUAAUUGCGAUGGCGAAGUAAAUUGUGUGAUUAUUCAGUAACCUAGACUGUUAGACCCUAGGGAACUCUUUUUGGUUGCCAUUCUUCUCUAGUAAAGUCAGUGGAGAAGAAAUAACAUUUUUCUU